AUAGUUUUCACAUAUCUUCGAAUAUUUACAGUCUACUUGCUUUGACACUUGUUUUUGUUAUCGUCAGUAAUUAGCCAAAUUAGUUUAUAGCUUUGAGUUUUGCUUAUUAAAAGCUCUUGCUUUUGCUCUUUCACUUUGAAAAUGUCGCAAUACCAAAACCAAUACGCCGGUGGUACACCCCAAGUUGAUGAAUAUGGCAACCCAAUUCGCGUAGAUGAACAUGGGCCCCGUACUCACACUGAUCAAUAUGGCAACCCAACCCACCACACUGACACCAAGUAUGGAACUGGUGGGUCUGACUCCACCACUCUCCAAGGUAUGCGCCCUGAUGCAACCGUACCUACUCAUGGCGGUGAUUAUCGCCAUGAUCAGCAGGGGUUGACACAGAAAAUAGAAGAGAAGAUACCAGGUGUUGGGCGUAAGCACGAUGAUCCGUACCAGCAAGGUUACAACGAGGGCCAACAACAACAGGAGAACAUAGCUGGUGCUGGGCGCAAGCAUGAUGAUGCAUACCAGCAAGGUCACACAACUUCAGGUUACAACGAUGGCCAACGUCGUCAGGAGAACAAGGGGUUGACAGAGAAAAUAAAAGAGAACAUACCAGGUGCUGGGCGCAAGCAUGAUGAUCCGUACCAGCAAGGUCACACAGCUACAGCCCCAGGUUACAACGAGGGCCAACGUCGUCAGGAGAACAAGGGGUUGACAGAGAAAAUAAAAGAGAACGUACCAGGUGUAGGAGUUGGGCGCAAGCAGGAUGAUCCGUACCAGCAAGGUCACACAGCCCCAGGUUACAAUGAGGGCCAACGUCGUCAGGAGAACAAGGGAUUGACAGAGAAAAUAAAAGAGAACGUACCAGGUGUUGGGCGCAAGCACGAUGAUCCGUACCAGCAAGGUUACAACGAGGGCCAACAACAACAGGAGAACAUAGCUGGUGCUGGGCGCAAGCAUGAUGAUGCAUAUCAGCAAGGUCACACAGCCCCAGGUUACAACGAGGGCCAACGUCGUCAGGAGAACAAGGGGUUGACAGAGAAAAUAAAAGAGAAUGUACCAGGUGUUGGGCGCAAGCAGGAUGAUCCGUACCAGCAAGGCCACACAGCCCCAGGUUAUAACGAGGGCCAACAACAUCAGGGGAACAAGGGGUUGACAGAGAAAAUAAAAGAGAACGUACCAGGUGUUGGGCGCAAGCAUGAUGAUCCGUACCAGCAGCAGCAGCAGCAAGGUCACACAACUUCAACUGUAAACCCGUACCAGCAAGGUCACACAACUACAGCCACAGUUUUCAACGAGGGCCAACAUCAUCAGGCGAACAAGGGGUUCACAGAGAAAAUAAAAGAGAACAUACCAUGUGUUGGGCGCAAGCAGGAUGAUCCGUACCAGCAAGGUCACACAACUUCAACCCCAGGUAGUGAUCCGUACAAGCAAGGUCACACAACUUCAACUACAGCCCCAGGUCACUACGAGGGCCAACAACGUCAGGAGAAGAAGGGAGUGAUGGAGAAGAUCAAGGAGAAGCUUCCUGGACAACACUAGGUGGUGUUGGUGUUGGUGUUGAUGAUGCAUACUCGCAUCAUUUAUAUAUGUUUCUAACUACUUUUAUGUAAAUCACGCUUGUUUGUGGCCUAAGCGAGUCCAUAUGGUACCGUUUUUGUUACAAACAAGUGAUAUGAUAUGUUUUUAUUUUUUUGGUUUAAUAAGUGAUGCAUACAAUCUGGUAUGAUGAAUAUUGUGUUGUAUGAUUCCAUUUGUUUGGGUCAAAUAUUGUGUUUUGUGGUGUACUUAUUACUUUUAAUAAAGUGGUGUGCUUUUGUUA